UUUGAAAAGAUUGGAGGUCUUCCUUGCUUGGAGCAACAAGGGAAGCGCAAGCACUACAAAGAAAAAUCUGGGGUUCGGGAGGGUCUUGCUCACAGAGCACUGAAUCUGAUAUACUGGCAAAGAUGAACAGCUGGAAUUUAUGACCAUCACAGUUUUUGUUCAUUAAAUAUAUAAAAACAUGGCUUCACAGGAUGUCCUAAGCUUCUUCCAGCCUUUUUCCUCCUGGAUAUCUCGUGUCUAUGAGGCUCUCCAGCAAGCAGGAGAAUCCUUAUCUUCUUCUUUGAAUAAUCUGGGAAGCAAAGCAGAUCAAAAUGGAUUUGAUGGGAAAGAUGAGGAUUUAGAAGACAGUGACGGGCUUUAUGAACGCUACUCUGUAGGUUCUGAUGAUAACAGUACGUCAAGUCAGGACAGUGAGGACUCUCAUCAUUCUUCAUCAUCCUCUCAAGACCUUGCUUCACCUGAAUCUUCAGAUCUUGAGUUGUAUUGGUCUGAGCAGAAAAGAACCACCCCCCAAUCCUUGGAGGAGUACCUUGAGGAUGCUUCUUUUGGAGUCUACCAAAGUUACAAAGGCCAUCAACCUAUUGAAACUCUCCCUACUAUCCCUGAGGAGGAGGAACAUCUCCACUCCAAGCAAAUUAAGAACCUUUCACGUAACUGGGAUGAUUUAGAUGGGUUCAGCCAACUGAGUUACCAGGACAACCUCUCUUCUCAUGAAGAUGACCUUCUAUCCAUCAGUUCGAGAAUCGUGGUGGAGAGCAGGGGCUCUGAACAACCGAAAGACUCUGAGGUGGAAGUCAGCGCAACACCCAGCCUCAGUCGACAAGAAACUGAAGGGAGUUUGGAAAUGGAGACGGCUUUUAGCAACCAAGGAUUUGAAGGGAAUGAUGGAACUGACAGUUCAUCGGCCUGGAGCCCAGAGGAACACGAAGGAGCAAGUGCCCUUCCAGCUCAUACUAGUACCUAUGAACCAAUUUCAAGAUGUGGUGAUUUGGAUAUCAUCUUUGAUUAUAAACCAUCAAGCCAGAAGCUGCUGGUGACUAUUCUUGAAGCUAAAGAUAUCCCAGACAAGGACCGCAGUGGAGCAAGUACCUGGCAGGUGCACACAGUCCUGAUGCCCAGCAAGAAACAACGAGGAAAGACAAGUGUCCAGAAAGGCCCCAACCCAAUGUUCAAGGACAAAGUGACCUUCACUAAGCUGGCACCUGAACAGCUGAGCAGCUAUGCCCUCCGAUUCCGCCUCUAUUCUGUGCGCAAAAUGAUGAAGGAGAGAAUGAUGGGGGAGCAGUUGUUUUAUCUCAGCCACCUCAACCAAGAGGGGGAAAUGAAGACCACAUUGGUUCUGGAACCAAGGAGCAACUUAUGUAGUGGAGGCUCCCAAAUGAGUCUCUCGGCCAUCUCUCACAGUGACAGUGCUUCUUCAACCCAGUCCCUGUCACAUGGAGGGGUCCCAGAACUGCUGGUGGGACUGUCCUACAAUGCUACAACAGGCAGGUUGUCAGUUGAGAUGAUCAAAGGCAGCCACUUCCGGAACCUUGCCAUUAACAGACCACCAGAUACUUAUGGGAAACUCUGCCUUCUGAACUCAGUUGGUCAAGAAAUGUCUCGUUGCAAGACAUCUGUCCGACGAGGACAGCCAAAUCCAGUCUACAAAGAGACAUUCAUCUUCCAAGUUGCCUUGUUCCAGCUCUCAGAUGUCACACUGAUGAUCUCCAUUUACAAUCGCCGCAGCAUAAAGCGCAAGGAGAUGAUUGGCUGGCUUUCUAUGGGUCAGAACAGUAGUGGAGAAGAAGAGUUAAGUCAUUGGCAGGAGAUGAAAGAAUCUAAAAUGCAGCAAGUGUGUAGGUGGCAUAUGCUCCUAGAGGCCUAAUGGAAAUCUCAGUUCCAAUAGCAUACGUGCAGGGCAUUCGUCUUCCCAGCAUUUAACAUAUAAAGGACCAUUGGUGUCUAUUACAAUUGGACUUCUAAUGAGCUUUACUAAUGCAAUUAGUCUGUUAAGUUAUUGUCCUUUUAUUUUUAGCUACAGGAAAUUGCUUGAAUUAACAGGUAGGCAAAUUGGGUUAGAAUCCGGUGCUCUCCCUGUGCCAAUCAAGAAUUUAUAUUGACUGUUCAAUAUUAUCCUGGUGUCUUCACUGAUUAUGGGACUUUGUUUGCUCUUGGCUAUGUUACUGUAGAGCCAGAUUUGGUUGGGUGAGCCAAGGUAUGCGCCAUUGUUGUGAGGAAAGGCUCAAAUAGUGAUCAUGAAAUAGUGAUUGUGAAAAUGGUAUAGUUUUCUGGGACGCUUUGGGGCCCUAAUCCACUUUUUCACAGCAGAAACAUCACUUAAGAAUAUUUGGCUCAGCCCUAAUUCUCUGACUGCAAGAAAUAAGUUAAAAUUUGAUUCCUGACAAAUGGUCAAUUAAAUUUUUCUCUUUACAGAUAUAGACUUCCAAAAGGCUUAGUUUGAACCUUGUACACAUGUAUCCAGAAAACAGCAGAUACGUGUAUAAUAUCAUUAUGUGACUUAAUCAUUAGAUGGCACUGAACUCGGAGUGUUGAGUGUCCUGCAUUUAUUUGGCUCGUUCUGGAAGAAGAUAGCUAUAUUUUAGCCUAGCUGCUGGCUGGUGUGUCUUCCAAGCUUUCCAUGACAGCAAGGAGACAACAUGUGGAUCUGGGCUCCCUCUAUGUCUUUUAAUAUAUAAUGUUCAUUUCACUUAGGUGCAGCCAAACACUUGUGUUUUACAUUAGGUCCUCCACAGUCAUGCAUGCAUUAUUAAAGUUAUCGCCAUGGGAGCCAUGGAUCUCCUUAGCAAUUCUAGCUGUACUGUGUGAGUUCUGUAAAAGAAAUUAUGAGAUUGGAUGCCUGCAGUAUUGAUAGCAGCUUUCCCUAAUCUGGCGCCAUCUAAAUGUGCGCAACUUUAUAUGGAAUGUUUUGAGAAACACAUGCUUUUAAAUAAUUUGGAAAUGAACCUCAAAGCUAUGUUAGAAAAUGGCCAGAGAGUACAUUUAUAAUAUGGUGCUAGUGAUGGGGGCUUCCUUAUUUACAAGAUUACCACCAUGGGGGACAAAACUUGUUACAGAACACCAAUUUACCAUAAUACUGCCUGCCUGUUCUUCUAGGCAUCCCAUCCUGCAGGACACCAUAUAGUGUCCUGCUUAUCUUUGUCCUUUUGAGGAUCAGAUUGGCACACUUUCUGCUGCACAGUUGUGCAGCUGCUUAUUGUUUCUACAUUCUAAGAAUGCCUACAGGGACCAUUUGAAUUUCAGAGACAUGCUAGAAAAUAGAAAUUAGGCUGGAGGCUGGGACUUGGUUUAAUAGCGUAUCUUUUCACACUUCCCCCGUAUUUUUAUUUUCAUGCAUUGUAUAUUGUUCCCGUAUUUUACAUAAAAUAUUUGUUCUUAAAUGUAAAAAAAAAAAAAAGGUCAAAUGGGGCAGGGAGCCUGGGAGAUGCCAAGGGAAGUGAAGUGUCUGUGAGUACACUGGAGCCCCUUAGGCAUCAGUCAGUAGGCUGUUGUCUGUACCUAAAGCCUUCCUCUCCAGGCUCAAAGCUCUUUUCUAAAGUGCUGGAGAAGAGUGAAGGACCUUCUGCUUGGAAAGUAUAUACACUGCAACUAAGUGAUGGCCUUUCUAGAGGAAUGUCCCUUUUAAGUUUUUGCUCAAACAUUUUAUAAAGAGAUAUAUCAUUUGCUGGUUUCUCUAACAACAACAACAAUGAAAAUUAAAACAGGUUGGUUGAAAAACUACAUCUCUAUAUAUGAGAAUAGAGGAUUCCCGUUUGAAAUACAAUUUAUACCAUGGAUUAUCCUUUUAUUAUCUAGAAAUUAAGAAUGCUUCUUUGCUUCAGAAUUAUUUUUUUCCUUAUAUGGAAACGUAUGCAGAUUUUAUAGGCUGAAACUCAUAUAAUCAAUUACCUAAGAUUUCUAACAUCUCUAAUACCACGCAUGUAUUUCUAGAGUCUCAUUGCUUUGAAGUAGUUUUUAAUACUCCUUUUUUCCUGAGGGUCCAAAGAUCUGCUUGCUUUUUUUUUUUUUACUUCUGAGAGAAGAGGGAUCAAGUUUUCUUGAUUAUGCAGAUGAGAUCAUUAGUCUAGCACUACAUGCUGCUCAUCUGUUUUUUCUUUUUAAAAAUCUGUUUCUUCUGUGGAAAAAAAAUAGCUUGCUACCAUUCCAGAUUAGGGGUCAGAGAGGACAUCUCACCAACAUGACUUCCUUUGCAGGUUGCAUGCUAAAAAGUUAUAGGCUGCAUUUUUUUCCUCUGGAAAUUACCAAGGGCCCAUCGGCUAUGAAUAAUCUGUGACACGCUCUAUUAAAUAGGAAAUAAUAAUGUAUCCCAAAGCAGCAAAGAGCCCCUCUUUUAACAACAGCAGAUACAGCAUGUUAAGGCAGCUUUUCUUUUCCUGAAUUGUUCAAAAGGUUGCAUGAGAAGGUUCCUGUUUGGCAUCCAUCUCACGGAAACAGCUUGUGCAACCCAUCUCCAUAGACCUCCUGUUUUAUUUGCUUGCCAGAUUCACUAGGGAGAGUGCCAAAGCCAGGGUGGAUACAACAAAUAAUGAAGGGGGCUUCUGUUGGAACACAUUCUGAAGCCUUGCUAAUUUGUAAUGCCAAAAGCACACCUUUUCAUUCAAUGAUGGAUCCAUGUAAAAGGACAUAGGCCUUCAGUAAGAUCCUUCAAAUGCAUCUUUGGCCAUACAUAAUGGCUAUGUAUCACACUAAUUAAUUUUGGCUUUAGUGUGUUGUAGAAAGCCAGACAACUGAGGUGUGUAAACCAUCAUUUGUGGCUUUAGUAUAAACCCAGCCAAUUAUGACCUAAGAAACCAUGGACAAACAUAGUGUUUGAGUGUAGCCAGUGAAAUGACUUUGGUUUGGAGCUGCAUAGGAAGUAACUUGGUCCAGAAACAGAAACUAACUUAAAUUCUGUGCUAUGACAGAAACUGGGACUUAAUGAACAGCGGUUGUUGUGGGUUUGCCAGUCUUUAUCAGGAAAGAUAAAUAUAAGCAGUGGCAUCUCUUGGGGUGGGGUUCAAAAUGAGCAAGAUGGUGAUUGUAGCAUUGCAAUGCAAACCCCACCCUGUUUGUACUUGCAUUGACAUUAGGCACACCCCUACAAAAGGGGUGGGACUUGCAUUAUGACAUUUCAUUUGCCAUCUUGCUCAUUUUGACCCACAGAAAGAUCUGAAAUAAAAGGAAGGAGGGGCAGAGAUGGAAAUUUUGGAAGAGAUUGCCGGGCAAUUGAGUUACCUAAAAGCAUGGGGGAAAACUGUACUUGUUUAAGCUCAUGGAACCACCAAGCUGACUUUGGUUGAUCUCAGAAAACUAGGCAGGACUGAUUCUGGUUAGUACUUGUAUGAGAGACCACCCCAGGAAAUCCCUGGGCUGUAGGUCAAUAGAAACUUGAAAAAAACAUCUAGGAAGAAGGGGUUGGCAAACUGAUUUCAGUACUGUUGCCAAGAGUAUAUGGAUGUUUUUGUAUUAUCAACAGGAAUUCAACUUGAAGGAGACAUAUCUUUAUAUAUUACCAUCAGUUUACAUGGGAUUUGUAAUAGACAAACUGCAGAUUCUUUCUACAAAGUGUCUUGAGUCUCAAAUUAAGCACUAUAGAGAUAAAAAAGGAUGGACAGUUUUUUAAAACAAUACUUUUUAUACUUCUAUUAAGUUGCUUGGAUGAGCACUCAAGACUUAAAGGUUUUGCAAAUGAGUUUUGAGCAAAAAAAUUUAAAGGCAGUCAGAGACAGUCAGUCUUAGAUUUCCAGAAUUCAAACACUAUUAAAAAUAGUUAUUUGAGCUUAACUCAGACUGCGUACCAGCUCAGCGAACAGCAGAAAAAUAGUUAAUGGCCUUCUCAGAGGACUGGCAUGCCACCUUGCCAUGCUAUUCUUAUUCUAGAGAAAGGUUUUCCAGGCAAUUGUAUCUUGGCCCUCCUCCUUAUUUUGUGGGGUUCAAAGGAACUGUCCUGUUUUGUUCCCAGGUAAACCAUCUGAGAGUAAGAGGCUCUGUUCUGCUAGGUGGAAACUCUGUGUGAAUCUCUUAGCAUAACAGAAAACCCAGCCUUGACCAUACCAAAAAAGAUGUUGAGCUCACCUUUGUGCCUACAUUCUACAGUCCCUUAUAACCCCCUUUGCUGCUGCUUAGGGCAGCAGUUCUUUACCUACUUACUUAGGAAUAAGCCCCAGUCCUUCAGCAUCUUAAGAUGUGUUCCUGAGAACACCUGCAUAAGAUUAUGCUGAACAACUACUUCUGUCAUUUGGGGGAGGCCUGAGUGGAGGCAUUCUUUAGGUAUCAUAUUCCUGUCUGUGCCAAAAAGGCUUUAGAUUUCACACUCUUUUUUCAAGACCAAAUGUGUAGAAAAUUUUGGAAACAGAUCUCCCAGUGUACUGUGUACUCUAUAUAUGAAGGGUGUAACAGCAUGUUGAAGGUUGAAGUAUAUUACAUAAAUAUUGGGUCCCAUGUAAGUCUCUCUAACAGUGUUUCUCAACCUGAGCAACUUCAAGAUGUGUGGGUUGGCUGUGGAAUUCUGGGAGUUGAAGUCCAUCUUGAAAUCGCUCAGGUUGAGAAACACUGCUCUAUAUGGUACUAUCCUCAACUCAGGUAGAGUGAGAGUAAGGGGGAUGUUGGAUGCCUGCAAAGGCUUUUACUUAAAUAUCCUUCAUGCUUCUGCUGACUCCCAUGCAGAGUGGUCCAAGCAGACCAUGUAUGGAUUCAACCUCUUCUCAUUCAAGUUUU